CCCAUAUUCACAAACCUGCCACCCGCCGAACUUCUUCACCUUUUACAUUCUCACAAUGCGCUCACUCGUCCAUCCGAAUUUCUCCGCUGCAAGGAACUCUUUAUCAAGAACCGUGUCGUCUCUUGCUCCUGGACACCUUCAAGGUGCGCAUUGGGACUACCGCAUCGUAGAUGCUGUUAAAGGAGAUAACACACACGCAUCCACCGUCUUCAAAGCCAAGGUCGUUCCACGCGAGGAUGCCCCCAAUACACCCCAAUGGGCUAUCAUCAAAAAAGCUUCGCCUGAGGAUGAAACUGCCACGGAAAACCUGGUCCGUGAAUGUCAUAGUUAUCUCCUUCCUGGUGUCGCCUCGACCCAGUGCUUCCGGAAAAUGUACGAUGUGAUUGACAAGCGUACCAUCGCUUUGGAAUGGCUGGACACUACUCUUGCAGAUGUGAAAUACCAGCCUGACAUGCGUACCUACGCCCUCAUCAAGACAGUCCUAAAGGAAACGUUGACUAGUUGUGACGUUCUGGACGGCCAACAAUGUGUGAAUACAGACUACAAACCCGCUAAUAUCCUGCUUUCUGGAAUCGAGACUGGCCGUGUUAUCGCCAAAGUAGGAGACUUGGGACUCGUUGUUCCGGCCGGUUAUCUUUUUAACGCCCAGCCAUAUGCCAUGCGCGCCCCUGAAGUCUUCCUAGGCCAGGCGUGCACUAAACCAUCGCAGGUCUGGGCAAUUGCCGCGAUGCUGCUUUGCUGGAUGAAGCCUGGUGUCUUGGGCGCGGGGGACAGCCCCCAUCCUUUCGUCAACGAGGCUUGGUGUAUGGCAAAGAUCAAACAGCUUUUUCCUAAUUGGUAUAUUCCCACUCCUGAUGAGGUUGAGCGCCCUACCCUCAAAUCUGCUGUGGAAUUUGCUAUACGUUUUAGUGAAGAGGAGCCAAUCCCGCAAGCGAUCUCGCCUUUCGAGAUGGAGACCCAAAAGAUGAAGAUACCAGAGCAGUUAAGGGACCUUCUUCGUCUCAUGUUGGUGGUCGAUCCGGGCGAAAGGCCCUCCGCCUCGGCUGUGUUGGCGUCAAGGGAGUUUCAGGCGUUUCAGAUACUAUGAUUUAAUCAAGUUGGAAGGGCGACCAGAAUGCUCACUACUCCGUCCAGGGUGAGACUGCCACCAGAAUCAAGGUCAAAGGUGGGCACGUCCCUGAGGAUGCGUCCAAGCAGAUUCAAGCCAGCUAAACCAUUACUCUUUGAGAACGCGGGGCCUUCCUUGCUUGCUCUCUGGUGC